AAAAACAUCAUCAACGGCGUAUGUGGAAUUUAUACGUGGCAACACUGUACUAGUCUGUAGUCUUUAGUCUUUUUAGUUUAUUGACAUCGGAUUUACGUUGACAGGAUUAACUUUAGCGAUUAUAAGGUUGCGCGAUCUCACAGCAAGCCAUGGGGUUGACAAUUUCGUCGUUGUUUUCUCGUUUGUUCGGCAAGAAACAAAUGAGAAUUUUAAUGGUUGGUCUCGAUGCCGCUGGAAAGACUACGAUUCUGUACCGACUAAAGUUGGGAGAGAUAGUGACAACCAUUCCCACGAUAGGAUUCAACGUGGAGACGGUCGAAUACAAGAACAUCAGUUUCACGGUGUGGGACGUCGGCGGUCAGGACAAGAUCCGACCUCUGUGGCGACACUACUUCCAAAACACACAGGGCCUCAUCUUCGUUGUCGACAGCAACGACAAGGAGAGAGGAGGAGAGGCGAGAGAGGAACUGCACAAGAUGCUACAGGAGGAUGAGUUGAAGGAUGCCAUUCUGCUGGUGUUUGCGAACAAACAGGAUCUUCCGAACGCAAUGUCUGCGGCGGAACUCACGGAGAAACUCGAACUCACCUCGAUACGAGGGAGGAAGUGGUACAUCCAGAACACGUGCGCGACGCAGGGACAGGGUCUCUACGAAGGACUCGAGUGGUUGUCGAACGAACUCGCCAAGUGAGGGCGCCACCCGAGCGGCGACGGUGGGCGGGCAGGUCGGGAGUGACGUGGGGACGAGUCUCCGGGAAUCUCGCGUGCGGGCGGGCGGGGCGUUGGUCUCCAGAUCAUAUCCGGUGUUACGUUAAUGCGACGGCGUUCCUGUCUCUCCUUAUAUAGCGGUUCCUCCCAUUGUCUGCUCAACCUUCCUCUUACAUAUAUGGUCUCUUCUGUUGUCGGAUUCCUACCAAAAUUAUGUCUUUGUCGGUUGAUCGUCCGUGCCACCGCGGCCGUGCGACGGGACGACACACGCUGCCGAUCUGUCGGUUUGGACCGCCACAGACGACGCAAACAAUCGCAGACCUGCGUGCACUGGGAGUCGUUCCCACGCGAAAUAUACGCGCGAUUCUCGUUGGAGACCGGACGUUGCAAUGUCGAUGACGUCGAGGGGAGCGUGGACGGGUCGUCGCGACGACGUAAUGCGCAGAUGCGGACGCUUCGCGCGCCUCUUGACGACGUGUUAAUUAUUAUGCCUUGUGAAUAUCAGAAUUCAGGUGAGAUCUAGACGUUUUAAGUGUAUGUUUUUUCGCGCCGCGGGAGUGGGGGUCGGCGGCGCGCGACGUGCGUUGUCCCGUCGUACGACGUUUUACAUUAUUUAAGUAAUUACGGGGUUUUUUCUGGGGCGGUGACAAUCCGGGGAUCGCUAUAUAUUUAUCGUAUCGCUACCGGUUUGGCUUUCGUUCGUUGCAUCUUCGCUCGUGCUCACGAGGGUUAACGAAGAAAAGCUACUGCGCACAAACUGCUAGGGGCGGCCCUAAUCGAGGGUGGUCUGUGGCCGAAACUCGGCUCGACUCUUUUUGAAUUUCGGGUGCUACGCGCGUGUACAUUUGUAUUCAUCCCUGUGGAAGAAAGCAGCGCGUGUAUCGCCAAAAUAUAUACGUAUAAACUAUAGUUUACAAGUUUGUUCUACUCCGACGUAAUUUCGGUGUUGCGUGCGUGUUCGAAAAUGAUCUGUGGUAGGUGGCGCCUGUUUACGGAAUCGCCAGGAGUAAGAGCGACUGACUUUGCAUCCCGUGAUAAACGAACGCUCUAUCUGCAUUCAAGCUGUUUUGGUCGAAAGGUGCGUGCCCUCGAACGCAAUAGCUCGAAUGAACAUGAAAAAAUAAUUGCAUGUUCAUGGGACUGAAAAUAUGCUUCUGCUUGGUGGGUGGGGAGGGGAUUGAGCGAGCAAGGGUGGAGGUUUGAGAGUGGCUUAUGCUAGGGCAGGGGAAAGUGUGUUUUGCCCUGCUAGUGUGUUGUGACGGUCACGUGAUUGGAGCCGGCGAUAUGUCGUCUAGGGCCGUGAUAGUUGUGUCCAUAUCUGUCUCAAGUUCUGUACUCACGAUUUGAGCGGACAUUCCAUGUACAGCAUGCAUGCAAACAACUGACCAUCCUCUAUCUUGUACCCAUCUAGGUUAGUUCUACGGUAAUCCGAAACGCUCAGACUUUGGUGUAAGAUGCAGUCACUUUUGCCAUCAUUGGUCUUUGAUGCUCUGGUUUUAAAGAGUAUCUAGUUAAAGUAAUAGUUUUAAGGUGAAACCUGAUGAUGGCGAUGGUGACAAUUGACGCCAUCACACGUACAUGUCUGUUCGUGAAACUGUGUGUAGAGAAAUUGCAUGAAAAUGUCGGUAAUAAAACUAUUGUUAUUGGAA